UAAAUCACAAAAUCUACGAAAUGGCUAACACAGAUUAUUACGAACGGUGGCUUCAAAUUAAAAAGGAUUUCAAUACCGCUUUAACAGAAGAUGCCCGCUUGCAGGAGUUCGCUAACACCUAUCUCGGCAUCAAGCCGCAGGCUACAGCCGUGGAACUGGUGGCACGUGUGUACUGCAAAUACUGCGCCCUAUACAACAAAUUAUGCGAUUCUUACGAUCAGAUGGAACAAGUUCAAAGAAGACCUUAUAUAAAAGCAAUUAUUGAUGCUUUAACAUGUCGCAUUCUCGAGUUAAAAUGGACAUUACAAGAAGUAGAAGCAUUUGAAUAUACAUACCCCGAAAAUGCAUUACAGCAAUUGCUUUUAGUGCCUCAAGAUAUACAAAUAAUUACGCCUUAUUUUUAUCCUUUUGAGGUACGUCAACAAGAAAUACAAUAUAUAAUUGACGAAAUUUUUGCUGGUAAUCGAUUAGGUGAUCCAGAGCCGACUCCUUCUGAAGCAGAACGCUUAGAGGAAGAAAGACAAGCAGAAGAGGAAAGAAUACGAGAGGAAAAAGAAGCAGAACUCCGUAGAAAAUUGGCAAUGGGUGAAGAAAUUUCUGAAUCAGAAGGAUCUGAACAGUUAUGUCCAGAAGAAAUCGCUGAAAGAGAAUUUUUAAGAGUAUAUAAUGGACAUUUAUGGAAUAUUCAACGUAUGGAGAAAGCACGUAAGAUCACCAGAGAAAAAAAUAAAAAGUAUAAUAAAGACACUGAUUUGUAUUUGGAACUGGCUGGGUUAAAAAAGCCUGCAGCAAGAGAAUCGCUUCGUAUAAAAGCAUCCAGCUUGAUACAACAAGUAUACAGACGUUUUAUGUUGCUCAAAAGGGAGAGAACUAAAGAGAAUGAACGAAGAAGACUGCUUGGAAUGAUUAUUCCAUCUUGGUUACCUCCAUCAGCUAAACCUGAACUUGAAAAAGUAAGAAAUGUCCGACGUGAAUUUCGUAAAAAAUAUUUUAAGGAAUGGAUGGAAGCAAAUGUUAAAGAGAAAACUCAUGUUUUAAGGCUAAGGAAAGAUGAUAUUAUGGAAGACAUUUCUGAUGAAGUUAGACAAUGGUUUAGUGAAUGGUAUUAUGCAGUCCGUCUAUUUGAUGAGUAUCCGUGGCCAGAUGAAGGAGGUUCUAUUUUAGUAGUACGGGGAGAAACGUUUACAAUCCCAGAAUUCAUAGAGUGGCGAGAAGCAGAAAUAAAAAGAAAGAAAGCUGAAAGUGGCAACCCAAAGAGUCCUGAACAAAUAAAAGCCGAAAAAGCUGAAGCAAGAGCAGAAAAAAAACGGUUAGAAUUAGAGGCAAAAGAAAAGGAGAUAAAAAGACUCGAUAAUUACAGAAAAUCACGUUUAAACCCUGAUAAUGAUCCAGGGGUAUACAUUUCUAUUGGCAAGAACUUUGAUGGUCUCCAGGAAGCCUGGAAUAUAUAUCAAAACCAAUGGAAGGAUAUUGACACUCCAGAUGCUCCAUUGGAUGUUAUGAGAGGUUUUGUGAAGGAAUUCAUAACUGAAACUGCAUACCAAGACGUUAAUUUAGAGCUUCGCCCUAUAGUCGACGAAAUGAUGAGGGUAGAAUUACAAUUGCUAAAAGCCGCUCUUAAAAUAGACUACGAAGAUGCCGGUAUCAAGGAAGUUCCCCAAAGUAAGAAAAGAAAAAAACCGAGGAAAAAAGGUGCCGCAAAGCAAAGUAAAAUCACUCCUGCGGUGAUGUUUCAAGCAUUAGUUGAUGAGGGUAUUAUUCGGAAAUACCCCCGUACAACGCUCGACGACUACUGGGGUGAUCUAAAUUACGCUGCAGCAGAUAUGAGAGCAGUUCUCUGGACUCCUUCUUUUCCACCUCCCUGUUUGGGUGACGUCAGAGAGCAAGUAAGAGUUUUAUGCCUUUUGACCUCAGGCUGUUCAUGUCCCAAUGCAAUUCGCUCGCAAUUGCUUGUAGGCCCCAAAGGAAGUGGCAAAAGAACUUUGGUGUACGCCAUUGCAACUGAGACAAACUCGAUUUUGAUAGAUCUAUCGCCUACCAACGUAUAUAAUAAAUUUCCUGGAGGAGCCCUAAAAACCAUGUUUAAGUACAUUAACGAAAUAAGUCGAAUAAUGCAGCCCACCGUCAUAUUAGUUGAUAAUGCUGACAAACUUUUCUAUAAAGCUGUACCUAAAGAAGAUAAGUGGUUUGAUCCUCAGCGGCUUUCGAAGGAUUUCUUUAAAGAGAUCGUAAAACCUUUAACGCCCUCAGACAAGAUUAUGGUUUUGGGAACAGCAUCCGAACCGUGGCUCGCAAAACCGGCCUUAUUGUCUAAAGCGUUUCCUUCUCUGAUUCUAAUACCACGAUCUGAUUAUGGAAGCAUUUGUUUGGUUUUAAUGAAAGUUUUAAUGAAGUAUCACGGGAUUUCUCGUAGCUUCAACGUGCACAGCACGGCGCAGACUCUGCGAGGGUAUGACGUCAACUCUAUCAAACGUGCGCUGGUGAACUUACUCUCCGCAGAUCGUGUAGCCCAACUAUACUUUAAGCCUCUUAUACCUGAAGAAAUUAUAGACGCCGUACUUAUGGACAGGCAAGCUAAUUACGUGGACCCUUUUGACUAUCAAAUGUUUCAAGAGUGGUAUUUAUCCUACUCUCCGUGGGGAACUAAAUAUAUCUACCUGAAAGAAAUGUUAGAAUCGCAAUACUUGUACAAAUUAAAAGCGGACAAGAAGAAAAAUAAGUAA